AUGGCCAGUCCUACCGUUCUCACUUUUGACGCUGAGGGCCGUCCGAUCAAGUUUGACGUUUGGCUCGAUGACCUGCACCUUUUCCUCCAGAUCACUGCCAAGGACGAUGUUUCCCUGUUUGACCACACGUCCGGCGUAGCUCCCGCACCUGCUGCUACCGCUGAUAGUACAGCUCGCUCACAGUGGCAGACCCGUGACGCUCACGCUCGCCUAGCCGUUCGCAGCCACCUGCCGUUAGAUGAGCGCGAGCACUUUGGCCAGCAUAAGACCGCUAAGGAGCUGUACGAUGCUGUAGUUGCGCGCUACUCCUCCCCUGCUACUGCUGCGAUAGGCCGUCUCUCGCUGCCCUAUCUCUUCCCCGAUCUGUCCGCCUUUGCCACUGUAGCUGACCUCAUCACUCACCUCCGUACUAGUGAUCUCCGCUACCGUGCCGCGCUUCCUCCUGAUUUCCUCGCCAAGAACCCUCCCCCGAUGUACCUCACACUCUACCACCUAGUCACUCGCCUCCCUGACUCUCUUCGCGCUGUCAGGGACCACUUUCUCGCCCUCUCCCCCGCUGACCUCACUGUCGACCUGCUCGAGAAGGAGCUCCUUGCAGCUGAGACUAGCAUUGUAGCUGUAGGUGCCUCUCGUGGCGACCCUCGCACUCCCUUCUUUGAGGGAUGUUCCCCCUCCCCCCUUCUCCCCUCCAUUGCAUCUGCUGCUGCUGUCGACUACCUCGGUGCUGAGGAGGUCGGGGCUGCGUCUGCUCCUAGUUGGAGGCGCAAGGGCGGCAAGGGCAAAGGGGGCAAGGGUGGCGGAGGUGGAGGCGGGGGCGGCGGUGGUGGAGGGGGUGGAGGAGGAGGGGGUGGUGGCGGUGGUGGGAGUGGUGCUGGUGGUGGGGGGGUCAGUGGCGGAGGCGGGAGUGGUGGCGGCGGCAGUAGUGGGAGUGGUGGGGGUGGUGGUGGUAGUGGUGGCGGCAGUGGAGCUGGUGGCGGGCGCGGUGGAGCGGUGCAGCGUGGAGGGCUCGGUGGUGGCCAGAGGCAGCAGCAGCAGCGUCCCAGCGAGACCCCGUCGCCCCAGCAGCUUCGUGAGUGGUACUCUCAGCGUGGGGGGUCUGGGGGUGGAGGUUCCUGCCCAUACGUUAUCCGCACAGACCCGGGUAUUGGGACCAGUGAGGCUGCCGCUCUAGGUGCUAGUGCGUCUGCUGCUCUAGGUGCUGGUCAGGCUGCUGCUCUAGGUGCUAGUGAGUCUGCUGCUCCAGGUGCUCGUGCGUCUGCGCCUGCUGGUACUGCGUCUACUGAGGCACUGCACACCUUCACACUGGACUUGGGUGCUUCCCGCUGCUUCUUUCGUGACCGCACUGUCCUUGAGCAGCUACCUCGGCCUGUUGCUGUCUCCCUGGCUGACCCCUCCGGGGGCCCUGUCCUUGCGACCUCCUCCACUGUCCUCCCUUGUCCUGCGGUCCCGUCCGGCACCCUUUCACCCCUGCCCAUGAGCGUGUGA